AUGGCCGGAGAGCCACAAAAACAACAGCUUUGGCCAAGACCGUGACUUCAGGAAGGGGCACCCAGGGCUCUCGCAGCUAGCCCCCUCCCCAUGGAGGAGAGUUUCCUUGAAUCCUUUGGGAGGCUGAGCCUCCGGCAGCGGCCGCAGCAGCAGCCGCCUCGGCCGGCGGCCCCCCCGCCCCCGCGUGGGACAGCUCCGCGCCGCCACAGCUUUAGGAAGCACCUCUACCUCCUGCGCGGCCUCCCGGGCUCGGGGAAAACCACUCUGGCCAGACAAUUGCAACACGACUUUCCCAGGGCCCUGAUUUUCAGCACGGAUGAUUUUUUCUUCAGGGAAGAUGGUGCCUAUGAGUUCAAUCCUGACUUCCUGGAGGAAGCUCAUGAAUGGAACCAGAAAAGAGCAAGAAAAGCAAUGAGGAAUGGCAUAUCCCCUAUUAUUAUUGAUAAUACCAACCUCCACGCCUGGGAAAUGAAGCCCUAUGCAGUCAUGGCACUUGAAAAUAACUAUGAAGUUAUAUUCCGAGAACCUGACACUCGCUGGAAAUUCAACGUUCCAGAGUUAGCAAGAAGAAACAUUCAUGGAGUCCCAAGAGAAAAAAUACACCGAAUGAAAGAACGGUAUGAACACGAUGUUACCUUUCACAGUGUGCUGCAUGCAGAAAAACCAAGCAGAAUGAACAGAAACCAGGACAGGAAUCACGCAUCCCCUUCCAACGGUGCAGGAUACUGGAACACCUACGCGGAGUUUCCAAACCGGAGAGCUCAUGGCGGCUUCACAAACGAGAGCUCCUUCAACAGAAGGGGUGGCUGUCACCAUGGAUAUUAGAGGCCUAUCUGACAGCCAUUCAGGAUUUUCCUAAAUCAGUUUUUACAUCAACUUUUGGUAUUUAUUCUUCGUUCAGUUUUAGUCAGUGCUCUAAUUCCAGUGUAAAUAGUCGAACCUGAAAGUUUUUGAGCAGAAGUUGUCAUAUUCAUCUUCAACAAGCAUUUGUUCAAGUGAGCCUAUGUGCAUGGUCUGAUGCUGGGAAUUCUGCAGAUUUGAUUAAACAAAGUCACUUUCUCUAGGGAAAGAGUUAAUUCGCAACUGGAAUUUGAGAACAUACCCAAGAACAUACUCAGUCACAUAGGUUCAUACACGAAAUAAAGUGUUUAUAAUAUAUAUAAGCUUCA